AUUUCCACUGGAUCUUUCCGCGCGGGAUUAUCGCGUUUGGCUUUUAGGAUCGCGCUUGGAGUUGGAGUAUGAUUCACAGACAGCUCAUACUGUCCCAGGAUUUGAUGUGCUUUGAGUCACUGAAUCAUAAUGCUGCUACACCUGUGUAGUGUAAAGAACCUGUACCAGAGCAGGUUUCUGGGCCUGGCGGCCAUGGCCUCUCCGUCUCGCCGGCGGUGUAAGACCAGCCCGUGCUUCAGCUCGGCUCUGCCCCGAUCCACCAGCGACACGGACCUGGUGUCCUUACAGAGCCGCUCCACGCUGAACGCCAGCACCUCGCUCUACUGCAUCGGACAAUCAGACGAGCUCGUCAUCUGCUGGGACAUCAGAGAGGAGGUGGACGCUGGAGACUGGAUCGGCAUGUACCUCAUCGAUGAGGUUCUGUCAGAAAACUUUCUGGACUAUAAGAGUCGUGGCGUGAGCGGCUCGCACAAAGGCCAGAUCGUGUGGAGAAUCGAUGCCAGCUUGUACUUCAUGGAGGCUGAGACGAAGGUUUGCUUCAAAUACUAUCAUGGUUUGAGUGGAGCGCUCAGAGCCACGACGCCCAGCGUGACGGUGCGAAACCCCUCUGCUGGUGCUCUGAAGCCUGUCAUCAGUCAGGAGCUUCCUCAGACUCUGGGCAGCAGGAGACUCAUCAGCUUCUCUCUGUCAGGCAUCCAGGCAGUGGGUCUGAAGAAGGGAAUGUUCUUCAAUCCUGACCCGUAUCUGAAGAUCUCCAUCCAGCCUGGAAAGCACAGCAUCUUCCCUGCGCUGCCUCACCACGGUCAGGAGAAACGCUCAGGAAUCAUCUGCAACACGGUCAACCCCGUCUGGAAGAGAGAGCGAUUUAACUUUGUGUCCCUGCCGACGGACGUUUUGGAGAUUGAGGUUAAAGAUAAAUUUGCCAAGAGCAGACCCAUCAUCAAACGCUUCCUGGGAAAUUUAGUUGUGCCUGUGCAAAGGCUGCUGGAGAAACAUGCUAUCGGGGACCGUGUGGUGAAUUACACUUUAGGCCGACGGCUUCCAACAGAUCAUGUCAGCGGCCAGCUGCAGUUUCGUUUUGAGAUAACCUCGUCAAUUCAUCCAGAUGAUGAGGAGGUGUCCCUCAAUGCAAUGCCAGUCUUUGAUACAACACCUGACCCGCAGCCUGAGCAGGAGCCCAAUGAGGACCUACCACCAGCUUCUGAUCUGCCUGUGGAGGAUGCAUUGAGUUUGGGACCUGACAUUCUGGAGAUGCCUAAUGAAAGUCCUCCAGAGGUAGAGACCCAGGAUGCUGUGCUGCUCACCUCUCUAGAUGAACCCAGUAAGGAUACCCAACCAGAAGCAGAAGGAUCAGCUGAUGAGCUUGUAACAGCUCGAGCAGAGAUACUAUUGAGCGAUGCCACUCAAGGAGAGACUGCAGAGCAAGACCCUGGAAAAACAGAGUCCGAGGAGAUGCAGGAGGAAACUGUGGCUGAGACUCUUUUGGAGGUUCUGGAGAACCAUGAAGCUGAAGACACAGGUGGACCAACUGGAAUGGGACCUACUGGAGAGCAUGCAGAGGUUGAGGUAGGUACAAGUUCAGAGCAGUUGGAAGGAGAUGGGAAUGAGGAAGAACCCUGUUCGCCAAGGAUGCGGAGUGCCUUGAAGCGCAAGAACCGACCCUGUUCGCUUCCGGUGUCCGAGUUGGAGACGGUCAUCGCCUCGGCUUGUGAGGAACCAGAGACGCCACGGUCUCACUACAUCCGCAUUCAUCAUCUGCUGCACAGCUUGCCGUCAGCUCAGUGCCACCAUGACAGCCAAGAUGAAGACGAUGUACUUGACCCGGAAUCUUCUGAGGAAGUCACUGUGAAACCCCAAGAGGACAAAGAGGAAGAGCUGGAAGAAGAUGAGGUGUCUGAAGCCCAGUCUCCAUCCAUCGUGCCCGAGUGUCCUAGACCUUGUUGCAGGCGUACUCUACCACGUAGCCUCUCCAUCGAGCGCCUUUCUGAACUCAACCAACUUUUGGAAGGUGAAAGACCCUCACCUUCCACCCUCCGCCUGGAAAGCGAACACAUGGAAGUGGGUGGUGGAUUCGGAAGCAGAAGAGAACCUCGAGAGAGUGAGUGCGAACUGUGUGACAACUCCUGCUACAGUACUUCCUGUUACAGCACGUCCUGUUACAGCACUUCCUGUUACAGUAACUCAGGUUACGAGGGGCGUAACCACCUUUGCAGCCAUACACGCCUCUCUUCGGUUGACAGCACCCGUCUGUCGGAGAGCACCGUUUUCUCCUCGCAGGAGGAAGAGGAGGAGGAGAACAGUGCUUUUGAGUCCAUCUCGGAUUCGGUGCAGAGUCCAGAUAUAAGGGAGCCAGGAGACGGGUUGGUUCAUUGGAGGGAGUCAUCAUCGGAAGAAAGUCCCCAGAGAGAAGGGGAAGUGGAGAUGUCACCAGUACCUGGGCCUAGUGUAAGGUCAACAGGCAGUUGUCAUAUGCAAUGCUGUCAUCAUACAAUCACUCAGCUUCCUGCUUUGUGGCCUGAUCCCCAUCAUUACCCAAGUGUUGAUGAACCAUUACCACCAAACUGGGAGGCACGGAUAGACAGUCAUGGCCGUGUUUUCUACGUGGAUCAUGUGAACCGCACCACCACGUGGCAGAGGCCCAUCCAUGCAGCCAAAUGCAGUGGCAUCCGGAGAUCCGGCUCCACUCACCAGAUGGAGCAGCUCAACAGGAGGUAUCAGAACAUCCAGAGGACGAUGGCCACCGAAGAUGAACCGGCCGGCCGCGGACCUGAGAGAAACAGCGGAGGAGACACAGAGAGUGAAUCCACAACACAAGCUCCAGAUCAGAGAAGGGAAGGUCCUUCAUCUCCUGUGAAUAACCAGAACGUGACGCUGCUGCUUCAGUGUCCAGCUGUGAAGUUUGUCAGCCACCCAGAAUUCUUCACUGUCCUCCACGCUAACUACGGUGCAUAUCGGAUGUUUACUAACAGCACCUGCCUGAAGCACAUGAUUCUGAAAAUACGGCGAGAUGCGCGCAACUUUGAGCGAUAUCAACACAACCGUGACCUCGUCACUUUCCUCAACAAAUUUGCAGAUUCUCAGCUGGAGCUGCCGAGAGGCUGGGAGAUCAAGACAGACCCGCAGGGCAAGUCAUUCUUUGUGGACCACAACAGUCGUGCGACGACCUUCAUUGACCCCAGGAUUCCCCUUCAGAACGGACGUCUGCCAAAUCACCUCACACACAGACACCACUUACAGAGACUGCGCAGCUACAGCGCCGGAGAGGCGUCAGAAGUGUCCCGAAGCAGAGGAGCGUCUCUCAGCAGAGCUGGAAACGGUUUAGUUUCGUCCGUCCGGAGUCAGUACCAGCCUGAUUCAGUGCCUCUAGCGUACAAUGAUAAGAUUGUGGCUUUCCUGCGUCAGCCGAACAUACUGGACCUGCUGCAGGAGCGCCAGCCGAGUCUCGCCAGGAAUCCCACACUCAGGGAGAAAAUCCAUUACAUCAGAACCGAGGGUCCUCAGGGCGUUGAAAAGCUGUCCUGUGACGCCGACCUGGUCAUGCUGUUAAGUCUAUUUGAUGAGGAGAUCAUGUCGUAUAUUCCAUCUCACUCUUACCACCCCGGCCUCAGUUUCUCUCCACGCUGCUCUCCUGGAUCCUCACCUCAGAGUUCACCGGGCUUGCAGAGGGCCAGAGCGCCUGCUCCAUACCGCAGAGACUUUGAGGCAAAGCUUCGCAAUUUUUACAGGAAGCUGGAGGCUAAAGGCUACGGCCAGGGGCCAGGAAAAAUCAAGUUCAUCAUCAGAAGGGAACAUCUACUGGAAGGCACCUUUAAUCAAGUAAUGGCCUACUCACGCAAAGAGCUCCAGAGAAACAAGCUCUACAUCGCCUUUGUAGGAGAGGAAGGUUUGGAUUACAGCGGCCCAUCGCGGGAGUUCUUCUUCCUGUUAUCUCAGGAGCUGUUUAACCCCUACUACGGUCUGUUCGAGUACUCAGCCAAUGACACGUAUACAGUGCAGAUCAGCCCCAUGUCUGCAUUUGUAGAGAACCAUUUGGAAUGGUUCCGUUUCAGUGGCCGUAUUUUGGGUCUGGCUCUGAUCCACCAGUAUCUGUUGGAUGCUUUCUUCACUCGACCGUUCUACAAGGCCCUGCUCAGACUAGUUACAGAUCUGAGUGACUUGGAAUACCUGGAUGAGGAGUUCCACCAGAGCUUACAGUGGAUGAAGGAUAACGAUAUCACGGAUAUCCUGGAUCUGACGUUUACAGUCAACGAGGAGGUCUUUGGACAGGUCAUAGAGAGGGAACUGAAGUCGGGAGGCUCCAAUACCCAAGUGACGGAGAAGAACAAGAAGGAAUACAUUGAGCGCAUGGCUAGAUGGAGGGUGGAGAGGGGGGUUAUGCAGCAGACCGAAGCCCUUGUAAGAGGCUUCUAUGAGGUCGUAGACUCCCGUCUGGUUUCAGUGUUCGAUGCUCGUGAGCUGGAGUUGGUCAUUGCAGGGACGGCUGAGAUCGAUUUGACCGACUGGAGAUCCAACACAGAAUAUAGAGGAGGUUACCAUGAUGGGCACGUUGUGAUUCGUUGUUUCUGGGAUGCGGUGGAGCGCUUCAAUAAUGAACAGAGGUUGCGCCUGCUGCAGUUUGUGACGGGAACGUCCAGCGUCCCCUACGAGGGCUUCGCAGCGCUCCGUGGGAGCAACGGCCUGCGGCGCUUCUGCAUUGAAAAGUGGGGAAAGAUUACCUCUCUACCAAGGGCGCACACAUGCUUCAACCGUCUGGAUCUGCCUCCCUAUCCAUCGUACCCUAUGCUGUAUGAGAAACUUCUCACCGCUGUGGAGGAGACCAGCACAUUUGGUCUGGAGUGAAGAAGUGAGACUUGAUUCAGACUUGAUUUUUUUUAUUACUGCAAAAACAUUUUCAGUAACUCAGUCCACAAGAGACUUUUUAGAGAUUUUUAAACUACGUAUAUAUCUGAGAAUUUUGUUUCAAAUGACUUGACAUGGCAUGUUUCUGCACUGAAAUACAAGAUAUAUAUAGUGUGGGGUCCAACGUGUAUGCAAUAGUGAAAACUUUGCUCCAGCCUUUUGCAUCUUACUCACGUUUGUCCUUGGCAUCAUUCUAUUGGUUAGGCAUCAGUGCAUCUCCUUUCUGAUUGGCUGUUCCCUUAAAAGUGUGAUUUUCAAUGCCUGGCUAUGUUUGAAAUGGAAUACUAACAUAUUGCUUACUGAAUACUGCACAAUAUAUACUGUACUUCAUACUGCCAGUAUUUCUUUCUUUCUUUUUUUAAGUUCUGUAGUAUGCAAAACACAUGCAACCAAUAAACACUUCCAAGUGCAGUAUGCAAUGUAGUUGUCACAUGACCUCAUUACACUGCAUGUUUAAUAAUAAAGCAUGCAUCUCCCACUUUUCAUUAUCUAGUUAUUUUGCAUUUUAAUGUGUGAUCAGAUAAAAGUCCAAGAUUGGUAUUACAAAGUAGGUAUUACAUCAAGUAGUCACACUGCAUUAUGGCAUACAGUACUCUAGAUAUGUAAUAUGCACUGUGAUGAACAUAAAACGUUAUCUAGGUAUUGUAUGCUUACAGAUAACAUUCAUACUGUGCAUGUUAUGGAUAUGUAUGAGUAUGAGUAGUAUGCUAGUACACUAUUCUGAACAUAGCCCCUGCCCAAACCUUAAAGGGAUAGUUCAUCCAAAAAUGAAAAUGUGCUGUUAUUUUACUCACCCUCAGGCCAUAAAAGAUUUUAAUUUUUGGGUGAACUAUUCCUUUAAAUCAGUUUAAAAAUUCAUGCUCAUUUCAUCGGUUGAACUCCAAACGACAGCACUGUGUUGCCUGAUUUAAUCGCAUGGCUCAAAUACUGUUGAUAAUGUCAUUAAAAUGUCAUGUUUGUGGAGCAGAAAUGGUUAGACUCAUGUGUGUCACCUCACUUUCACUAAUAUGUGCUCAAGCUCACUUGAUAGUGAUGUAAGUGACUUCAUUGUGUAACCAAAUUAGUGACACUAACACUAAGCUCAUCAGAACUUUCUGCCAUCAGCGUCCAUGUGGCUACGUUAGAAAUAACUCUCUAACUGUUUAAACAAUGCUUCUUAAAGCCAAAGCUUUUUAGGGCCCAGGGAUGAGCUGCGUUUGAUAAUGACACUGGCAAUGGCAAGGCAUUGGAUUCAUUCCCAGAUUCGCAUAAGUCCUCUUUUUCCCAGACAUGUCCUGGACGGACUUUUCUAAAUUGCCUAAAAAAAAAAAAAAUGUCUGGGUUUUGGCUUUGUUUUCCUGUUGGCGGUCUCUGUACAGUCCUCAUUUAUUAUAUGUACGUGUAUUUACAUUGCUUUUGACUGUCUGUAGAUCCCGCCUUCUCGCACGCCACGAUUGGUUGAUAUGUACAAUGCCUUCACGCUAUUGGUCAAACCACUUUUCAGUCACUGGCUUCAGCAAGAAUGAAAACAAUAGAAAAACAAAGCCAAAAUGGUGGGGGGGGGGGCAUAUGAUCACCCUACUUGGUAUAAUAUAUUUUGUUGUGAAGUUGUAGGCAUUGCCACGGAUAACAAAUUUCAGACCCCACAUCCACCUUGUAUAUUGCAGGUAUAUCUUUAUUAAUUAAAAUACAUAUUUUUAAUGAUUUAUUUGUUUAAUUUAUUGAUGCACAUCUUCCAUUUCGACAGUCACACACAUAUGAGUUGGUUUGUCACUCAUAACUGUAAAACUUUAAAUGCAAACAGGUUUUGUCUCCUAAUAUUAAUAAAAUUACUGUUUAUAACCACAGAUGACAAAACCAGAUUUUCUUUAUUAGUCAGUAUGAAAUCUCCUAAGUGGUGCUUUUAUGUGUUUAUAUAUAUAUAUAUAUAAUUUUUUUAUUUUUUUGUUGUUGGUCGAAUGCCUCUCACCAUCAUAAGAGAUGGAUGGUUCAUCACUGAUGUCACUGUUUAAUGCAUGCAGGCUCUUAUGAUGAUGUUUAUCAUUGCGUUAUGCUUGCAUCGGUCCCUGGGGAAUAAACAUGUUCCCUCUGACGCUGAACUUUCUUUGGAAGGAUGUCCAUUAACACUGAAUCUGUGUAUUAAACUUUUAUUUAUCACUGACAGAACUUGUGAAAUGACUAUCUGACCAUUUCACUGUUCAGUUGAUGAUACUAUAAUGUAUUUUUAUUAUUUUUAUUUGUUUUAUAUUUUAUAUUAUUUUUGUAUAUGAGUUCAAGAUAAUGUGAACAAAAUUAAAUUGCAUAUGAAAACCCUUUACUUGCAAUGCAAACUGAUAAAGUUGUUAAUGAAAAUACACAUGUAAAUAUAAUUAUGUACACAAAUUGCUCUAUAUCAGCCUAAUUUUCUGAUGUCAAUCUGUUCUACAUGAACAGGCUUUGCUUUUGCCCAAAUCCUUGUACAUAAA